GGAUAAAAUCUCCACCAUCCCACCAGAUUUUAUUUUCCUCACCUCAACAACCAUUAAAGCAUUCCUUAUCUUUCUUCUUUAAACCAAUGGCUUCUUCUUUUGGUUCUGCAACAAAACUCACCUCCAUAUCAUUAUUUCUCUUGGCAAUAAUAUUAUUAUCCCUCACAAACUCCUGCAUUUCUCUAUCAACAGACCCAACUCCAACACCAUGGCCUCCUCAAUUCCACUCCAUAAUGAUAAUGAACAACAGUGGUACACAUCAAAUAAUCAAUCUCUGGUAUGAUUAUCCCAACGGAAGAAACUUCAACAUAAUCCAAAAACACCUAGGUGAGCUUCUGUAUGACUUGGAAUGGACCAAUGGUACUUCAUAUAUUUACACUCUUGAUUCCAGCAAGAAAUGCAAAACCCUGAAGUUUGAUGUGGGUAUUCUUACACCUGAUUGGCUUGAUGGUGCAAAUUAUUUGGGACAGCAGAAAGUAGAUGGGUUUCUUUGUAAUGUCUGGGAGAAGGUUGAUUUCAUCUGGUAUUAUGAAGAUGUUGUCACUAAGAGACCUGUUCAUUGGGUUUUCUUCACAGGAAUGGAAGCUCAUUUGAUGACAUUUGAGGUUGGAGCUGUGUUGGAAGAUGAAAAAUGGCAAGCGCCUGUAUAUUGUUUCGAGUCCGGUGAGCAAGCAGAUGAUGGCCCAAAACUUAAGUCGUCCGUAGUUGAUAAUAGUGAUUCGGAGGAUGUUUUCAGAAGAAAAAUGUUGAUCCAGAGAGGUAGAGAGGGAAGUUCCAAACAAGAGUGAACUAUGCUCCUAAAAUCGUUCUCAUGGAAGUUACUUCAAUGUUUUUUACACUCAGCUGCUAAAUCAUGCCAAAAUAUUAUGUAUUUACCUUUUACUUUCUUUCCAUUGGUCUAUGCGAGUGCCACUUGAAGCAGAGGAUGAAAAUGUUUUAUGAAAUGAAUCCAGAACAUUCUCUAUUGCAUCCUGCUUAAAUGGCAUUCUGUAUUCAUUCUCCUGGCACUGAAAAAAAUAUUGAUUAAAUAUUGCUUCUGUGGAA